GAGUGAGCGGAGUUUCCCACAAUGCCCCGGUGCGGUGCAGCCGCGGAUGGAUGCUGCGGGAAGGGGCUGCCAUUUGCUGCCCCUGCCAGCGGCGCGCGGACCUGCCCGCGCUCCUGCAGCCGCCGCCGCCGCCGCCAGCGCCGCCAGCCCGCCCGGCCUCUGCAGCGGCGCCGCCUGCGCUCCCUCCGCGGCAGCCGGAGCGGGCGCCAUGAACCCCAGCUCCUCGGCGGGAGAGGAGAAAGCGGCGACGGGCGGCAGCAGCAGCAGCGGAAGCGGCGCCGGGAGCUGCUGCCUGGGCGCCGAGGGCGGCGCGGACCCGCGGGGCGCAGGGGCAGCCGCGGCGGCUGGGGCCGCUGCCCUGGACGAGCCCGCGGCCGCCGGCCAGAAGGAGAAGGACGAGGCGCUGGAGGAGAAGCUGAGGAACUUAACUUUCCGGAAGCAGGUCUCGUACAGGAAAGCAAUCUCCCGGGCAGGCCUCCAGCAUCUGGCUCCUGCACAUCCCCUCAGCCUUCCUGUGGCAAAUGGUCCAGCCAAGGAGCCCAGAGCGACUUUGGACUGGAGUGAGAAUGCCGUGAAUGGAGAACACCUGUGGCUGGAGACCAAUGUCUCGGGAGACCUCUGUUACCUUGGAGAGGAGAACUGCCAAGUCAGAUUUGCAAAAUCAGCUCUCAGGAGGAAGUGUGCAGUCUGUAAAAUCGUCGUCCACACCGCCUGCAUUGAGCAGCUAGAAAAGAUUAAUUUCAGAUGUAAACCAACAUUUCGAGAAGGAGGCUCAAGGUCACCAAGAGAAAAUUUUGUACGUCAUCACUGGGUGCACAGGCGUCGGCAGGAGGGGAAAUGUAAGCAGUGUGGUAAGGGCUUCCAGCAAAAGUUCUCCUUCCACAGUAAAGAGAUUGUGGCUAUCAGCUGUUCCUGGUGCAAGCAGGCGUUUCACAAUAAGGUGACCUGCUUCAUGCUGCAUCACAUUGAAGAACCCUGCUCCCUGGGGGCUCAUGCUGCUGUUAUUGUCCCGCCCACUUGGAUCAUUAAGGUGAAGAAACCUCAGAACUCCCUGAAGGCUUCAAAUCGGAAGAAGAAGAGAACAAGCUUUAAAAGAAAAGCCAGUAAAAGAGGGAUGGAACAGGAAAACAAAGGUCGUCCUUUUGUGAUAAAACCCAUCUCUUCUCCUCUCAUGAAACCCUUGCUUGUAUUUGUGAAUCCCAAGAGUGGAGGCAACCAGGGAACCAAAGUCCUGCAGAUGUUCAUGUGGUACCUGAAUCCACGGCAAGUCUUUGAUCUUUCUCAGGAAGGGCCAAAAGAUGCGCUUGAAUUGUAUAGGAAAGUACCAAAUCUGCGAAUUCUGGCCUGUGGUGGGGAUGGAACGGUGGGCUGGAUCCUUUCCAUCCUGGACGAACUGCAGCUGAGCCCUCAGCCUCCUGUGGGGGUCCUUCCUCUGGGGACUGGGAAUGACCUGGCUCGGACUCUCAACUGGGGAGGGGGCUACACUGAUGAACCUGUUUCUAAGAUCCUGUGCCAAGUGGAAGAUGGGACAAUUGUACAGCUAGAUCGCUGGAACCUCCAUGUGGAAAGAAACCCUGACUUGCCUCCAGAAGAACUUGAAGAUGGCGUGUGUAAGCUCCCUCUGAAUGUUUUCAAUAACUACUUCAGCCUUGGAUUUGAUGCUCAUGUCACACUGGAGUUCCAUGAAUCCAGAGAAGCAAAUCCAGAGAAAUUCAACAGUCGUUUUCGAAAUAAAAUGUUCUAUGCAGGGGCAGCUUUUUCUGACUUCCUACAGAGAAGUUCUAGAGAUCUAUCCAAACAUGUUAAAGUUGUUUGUGAUGGAACAGAUCUCACCCCAAAGAUUCAGGAACUGAAGUUCCAGUGUAUAGUAUUUUUAAAUAUACCCAGAUAUUGUGCUGGCACAAUGCCCUGGGGAAACCCAGGAGAUCACCACGAUUUCGAACCUCAACGUCAUGAUGAUGGUUAUAUUGAAGUCAUUGGAUUUACCAUGGCCUCUUUGGCAGCCCUGCAAGUUGGGGGCCAUGGAGAGAGGCUACACCAGUGUCGAGAAGUCAUGCUUCUAACUUACAAAUCCAUCCCCAUGCAAGUGGAUGGGGAGCCCUGUAGGUUGGCCCCAGCUAUGAUUCGGAUCUCCCUGAGGAAUCAGGCCAACAUGGUACAGAAGAGCAAGAGGAGAACAUCCAUGCCUUUACUCAAUGAUCCCCAGUCUGUCCCAGAUCGUCUGAGGAUCCGGGUGAACAAAAUCAGUUUACAAGACUAUGAAGGAUUCCAUUAUGACAAGGAGAAACUCCGAGAAGCUUCUAUUUCAGACUGGUUAAGAACCAUUGCUGGGGAACUAGUGCAGUCAUUUGGAGCGAUACCUCUGGGUAUUCUAGUUGUGCGUGGAGACUGUGAUUUGGAGACUUGCCGUAUGUACAUAGACCGCCUACAGGAGGACCUACAGUCAGUUUCUUCUGGCUCCCAGAGAGUUCAUUACCAGGACCACGAAACCUCCUUCCCCAGGGCUCUCUCAGCACAGAGGCUUUCCCCUCGGUGGUGCUUCCUAGAUGACAGAUCUCAGGAACAUUUGCACUUUGUGAUGGAGAUUUCCCAAGAUGAGAUUUUUAUUCUGGACCCAGAUAUGGUGGUGUCACAGCCAGCGGGGACACCUCCGGGCAUGCCUGACCUGGUGGUGGAGCAAGCCUCGGGGAUCUCAGACUGGUGGAAUCCUGCCCUGCGGAAACGCAUGCUGAGUGACAGUGGGCUGGGGAUGAUAGCUCCCUAUUAUGAGGACUCAGAUCUGAAAGAUCUCAGCCACUCCCGCGUGCUACAGUCACCAGUCUCUUCAGAAGAUCACGCAAUUUUGCAGGCAGUAAUAGCUGGUGAUCUUAUGAAGCUAAUAGAAAGCUAUAAAAAUGGAGGCAGUCUGCUAAUUCAGGGACCAGACCACUGUUCACUCCUUCACUACGCAGCUAAAACCGGCAACGGGGAGAUUGUGAAGUACAUCCUUGACCACGGACCUUCCGAGUUAUUGGAUAUGGCAGACAGUGAAACGGGUGAGACUGCACUGCACAAGGCUGCCUGCCAGCGGAACCGGGCUGUGUGCCAGCUUCUGGUGGAUGCAGGAGCAUCUCUGAGAAAGACGGACUCCAAGGGUAAGACACCUCAAGAAAGAGCACAGCAGGCUGGGGACCCAGACUUGGCUGCUUACCUAGAAAGCCGUCAGAACUAUAAGGUCAUUGGCCAUGAGGACCUGGAAACUGCUGUUUGACCCUGGUAUUCGGGCAAAGAGAACGUGAGCAAGCAUAUCACAUCUGCCCUCCCUGCGAUUGGGCAGCUCCCCUGGAAGAAGCUGAUGGAAUUCAUAUAUCUGUCUCUCUCCUGCAAGAAUCUACCUGAGACCAUGCCACUAGCUUUUAAGGGCUACCAAGAUGUAAAACAGAACAUGAUAGCCCAUUGAGAAGGGGGCAGGAUACCUGGAGAUUUGUGGAAUACAGUGCGAGUUCCACAAAAUUUGAUCCUUAUUGCUUCCAGCAAGUAGCAUGAACUUCUGUGUUCACCUGUAUAAUUAAUUUUAAAGAUUCAAAGGAUGUUUGUAUAAAUGGCACUGCUCCAUCCUGCCCCUAUGCAUUGAUUUUUUUUCCCUGUACCAUACAAUUCUACUGUAACUACCCAUCAACUUAAAAAAAAAAUACUAUCUCUUCUCUUUACAUUCAGUCUUGGAAGACCACAAGAUUGUCUGAAGGCCUUCUAAAACCCUCUGAAUGUCCUGCAGAAAUAUAACUGUAAAACCACUUCCAUUUCUAAGACUAAAUAUAUCAAGACUAUUUAGUGACUCUCUCUGCAUGUCCCCCCUACCCCUCAACCCUCCGUUUCAUUAUAUAGGAGCUGGGAAGUGCCACAUGGAUAAUGUCAACUUGUGUGCUAUAUCUCUGAGGAAUGGUGAGGUGGCAUGGGAGAUGUCUGUGCUUGGAGGUACCUCAGAGAGGUAACCCAGGGGUCAGCCCAGGCUGCUGGGCUGUAGCCAAUAGCCAUGCAGGACUGGUUCAGCUUGGGCUGUCUGUACAGCUCCGUACUGCCUAUGUGUAGCCAUCUUUGCCUUUUGCUGCAAUAGAAGAUGAGCAAAGGAUUAAACAGAGGCCCACAGCUAGUUUGCAGAACCACUCAAUUUUAAGUGCUGUUUAAAUUGCAGAGCAAAUAAUCCUGUGUGGGAACUGUGGUUACAGGAAAUGGAGCACUCUAACAAUGUUUACUUCUAAACUUUGUUGAGUGAUAAUAGAAAGCACCCUAAUUGACUUGAAAAAAAAAAAAAAACAGCAAAAGCAAAAGUAGCAACAUAUGUCAACAUAUGUCACUGAAGUAGAAAACAGUCAUUGGAAUGUUGCACAGAGGCUAAUAACUAUAGACUAUUGGAUACAGUGGUGAGAGGGGCCCCAUUUUAGGUCUUUCUUUUAGGUUUUUGGUUUUCAUUACUCCAAGUAAUCCUUGACCCAAGGCCAAGGCUUGUUGUAUGAGUUCCACUGCCAGAUUUAUGGGAUGCCCAGAUCAUUCAGAAGGAUGCUUCAACUAUUAUUUGUCAGGUCCAAAGGUUGUACUUGAUAACCCCAUUUUCUGUGUAUGGGGUAGUCUACUAUAUUAUUUUAUCUACUUUAUUUUCCCCUUUCAGAAAGUCCUUAGUGCAAACCACCAUAGGAAUCUAGCCAGAAAUGUCUGUUGGAUAGUUAGAAUUGUAACAUCUAAACCUGCCACGGAUCGAAUGGUACUUACAGGUACCUCUCUUAGGGACUCUGUGAUAUCAGAAGAAAAUGUCUGUCUUUCUGUCCAAAUAUCUACUUGACUUGGGGGUAAGUCAAAAAUAAAAGUGGGUGUCCAAGGAUUUUUCUUUUGGCGAAAUCUGACGUCUCCUGAGCUUAUUUUCAUUUUUUCCUUGGACACAGCAUAGUGCUUCCCUAAUGUUUCUACAUAUGACCAUGAAUGAUAGUGUCUCCACAUUUAAUUUAAAAGUCUAAUGGUGACAUUUUGCUUAUCUGAGUCACAUUUCGGUAACGUAUCAUCAUUUUGAAAGUGCGGCUAUGACGUGCUGUAUUGAACAGGAGCAGCCUUUCAGUGGAUGGGGAUUUUAUUACCACAGUCUCUCCAUAGUCAUUUCAAAAUCCAAUUGUUGGUGGGAGGAUGGAUUGGGUUGUGAGUAAUCUACUUCCAUAUAUCAGCCUCAGAAAUGGAACUAUCCUUUGGAUAUUACAGGAGACAGUACAGCAGAUUGUUUCCAGAAGCUGGAAAAAUAUGCUCCAGGAGAAUUUAAUCACUGGGCUUUUGCUGGGGGAUUUUUAGUUGGUGGGACUGUCAAGGAAAUGUGAUGGCAGAAAUAUAAUCCUUAACACAAACUGGAAUCUGGCUUUGAAUGGCAUCUUCCAUUCCCUGGAUUGAGCCAAAUGUUUGGCCAAGCAGUCAGUUAUCUAGCUGUUACUGCUGGGAUGAAGAGCUCUGUUUUCAUCAACUACCGUCUCACAUUUCUCUGUAAAUACUUCCAAGCAGCCCAGAGAAAAUUUAGGGUACAGGUGGCUAUGGACCAAUUUCUAAAUCGCUCCAAUUGAGGACAUAAAUCUGUGGUAUGAAAAAUGAUGAGUUGGUACUAUAAGAUUCCUGAUGCAUGUGGAAAUUGUUUCAAACCAAAAAAAAGGCAUUAGAGUCCUAUGUUAUUCAUGGAGACCAAUAUUUGAUAUACUGCCUUGAAAAAAGCAAGUACCACUAGGACUUGGGAUUUCCAAAAUAAAGUGAGCAGAAUAACCACAUGUUUAAUGGCUUCAACAUUAAACCACCUCCUGCAGCAUGUUUUAAAAAUUGGUUCUGGGCUUUGGAAAGAGCUAAGGCCUUAUGGUCUAGGAGUUUCCAUCUCAGCUUAACUAUAUCGUAUCCCUACUAUUAGGCCAUCAGGAAAGCAAGUGAUCUAGUCAUGGUCUGAAGAGCCACAUAACUUUAACAGACAUAAAAAUAUGUACCUAUAGAAAUAUCAUUUCUACAAAGCCUACUGAGACAGCACUGAACAGGCAGCUAGCUUGGCUGACUCCUCUGUGUUUGUUUCUUUGUGUCAUGGCACUGACUGCUUUGCGAUUCCAUUUUUAGAUGAGGUUGAUGGAGGAAUGCAAAAUGAAGAGUUAUUAAAAGACAACAUUCUGUAACCUGAAAGGUAGCCAUUUUUGCAAGCUUGUAUUUUAAUAUUGUGCAUUUAACAAAAUAGAACACAGUUAAACUGUGCUUUAUCAUAUUCAAGGACUUCAUAAAUAAUAAGAGAGAAGAUUAGUAAGCCAAGAAUGGAAUAAAUACCAUGAUUAGGAAUUUUGCUUUCAGAGUUUAUGUUUCCUCUGUAGAUGUGAUAACCAAAAACCAAUGCAAGUUUGGAAACAUAAUUUAGCUGGCAAAUGCACAGUGAUGGAAAUUAGUAAUGACUGAUGGAAAGCCGUAUAUACCUGUUGCUCCUUAUCCUUUCAGAAUGGCUGCUUUGGCAGAUCUGCCUGUGCUAGGAGCUACUCAGCAUCACUUCAUUUUCAUUUGGACCUAUUGAGAGUCCCUUUGCCUAAUGAAUUUCUGAAAUUUAUUUAUUUACUAGAACCCUCAUAAUAUUCCGUAAUAUUCAUGGCUUAAAAAAUGACACAGCAUCUUUAUUUUAUUACAUGUCAAUUUUAUUAAUAAUAUUGAGGGUUUUUUUAGUUAUAAAAAUGGCACAUGCUUUUUAUAAAAUGUUUUAAUACCACGGAUGAGUAUCACAUCCACAGUCAAGGCAUCCCUUUGUUCUGGUGUUGUGUCCCACUUCCCAAAAUAAAUACUAUUAACACUGAUGAACACUGUUGCUUGUAUGUGAUGUCAGAAAUACUCCAUCCAUUCAUACACAAGUAUGUAUGUAUAUACGCGUAUACAUUUACACACAUAUAUAGACAUUUAUUUAUAUACACAUACAAGUAUGUAUACUAUAUUCAUGUAUAUUGCAUAGGUUUAGAAAACAGCAAACAUUUUAAAAGCAUGCUGAUCAUUUGUAUAUGUGUAGUGAACACCAAUAGGCAAAGACAGGUUAAACAGAGAAUUUCCAUUUUUUUUUUGUUUCCACCAUUGCUAGGCUUAGAUCUGUCAUGGCAUUACUACAAUUGCACUUGCCAUUUUCUAUUACCUGUGUCAUAAAAUUCAUGACCAAGAGUUCCUGUAAUUGUUUAUGUUGCCUUCCACGAAGCAUGAAACCUGCCAUAGCCCCAAGACUUAUCUAUGCUAUGUUUGUAUUUCAAGUAAGGGAGAGUUCUUUCCUCUGUGAUGCUUACACCACUUUACAAGGCUGUUUGUAACGCUAACACUCAGUAGGUUGCCUAAUGAUAUUUAAUUAGGGCAGGCUACUGCUGGGAAGGGGUAGUAACUUCAGUGUAGUAUGGGGUCUGAGCAGCUUGUCUUCCUUCCAGAAGGAGUAGCUAAUGAAAUCACUGAGAACAGCAUGAUAUUUUAUUCAAUUAUGCUAUUUAAAAAUGGGACUUUGUUAAAAUGGCUCAUCGUAACCGUCAAAUAAAACUACUGAUUGCUCUAUUUAAAUGAAUUAUAUUCAUUUUAGGAAAAAAAGUAGAAAAACCUCUAAUAAAUUAGCUUUCUGAUUAAUCUUUAACACUUAUUUAAUAUAAAAUGGCUUCUGCCUGCAUCUUAAUUGAACCACCUUUGAAUCUCUCAACUCCUUUCACUCUGAAUCUCAUACUCAGCUGAUUAGAAGUCCUACAGGCCCUUCUCUGCCAGGUCUGUCAGAUCGACUUGGACCCUACCCUUUUCUGUGUCCCAGUCAUCCUUCAUCUCCUGUCUCUCUAAUUUUUGGGCCAUAGCAACAGUCCUGUCCCUGGACUUUCUGCCUCCUACUGUCAGUAAUUUUGUCACACAGCUGCAAAAAUCUUCCCCAGAUAUUAUGCUCAAUCUAGAUGAAAAUGAAAUUACCCUCUGGGACAAGUAUACCUUUUACUCAAAGGACACAUGGAUGUCCACUGACCUUGAUCAUCUUAUAGAAUUAUGGCAAGCAUGAUUCUGAAAAUUGACCAGGUUUAGCAAAUAUCUGUCUUAGUCCCAUGAGGGUACGCAAUCAUGGCUGCUGCUUCCACAUUCAGCAGUGUAAGCCACAUGCCUCUUUGACGACACCUGGAGGAAUAGGUUAUAGAUUUUACACUCCUGAGGGCCAUCUUUGGUUUUACAUUGUCUCCUCACAGCUUAAUGAGAAACCUGAAAAUAAGAAUCACGAAAAGAGUCAUGCCCUUGGACAACCUCCUCUCCCAGGACACUGAGAUUUACUGACCAGGUCCCAGGAAGAAAGCAGAAAAAAAUAAUUCUUAGGCUCUUGUAGCAUAGAUUUUAAAGUAGAAACGUGAAAAUUGGAUGGUAUCUUCAUAAUGCAUAGACUCCAGAGUCUAUUUACAUAUGUAUUCAGUUAUGCGUGUAAUCAUAUGUCCAUGAAUCAAUCAUGCGUGCAUGUAUUUAAUCAUUAUCUGAAAAAUAUUUGUCAUUCUGAGGCAGGCAUCAUACUAAGGAUAUAACAAUGAAUGUAAUAGACAAAACUCUUGAUUUCAUGAAGCUGGCGUCUAGAAGAAAAGACAAAUUCCAAUGUGAUAAGUGCAGUGCAGGAGAACCCCAGGGUGUCCAGCAUGGGCUGGAAAUUCAACCAAGGCUUUAUCAUACCAGCCACUCAUUAGCCAGCAAUGUUUUAGUUCAAUGAAAACAUAAGUAGGAAGAGAAUAAUAUUUUGUAUUUCCAUUUUACUGGAGUCAUAGUAGAUUUCUAAAAAUGUAUCUGAAACUAAGAUUUUAAAACGACUUAGAAACACUAUUAAAAUGAAAGCUAAGACUCAUUUAUUCUAGCUCUCAGGAUAGAACUAGGAAAAAUAAGCAAAUUUUUCAGUGGGUUUUGACUAAAUAUAAAGAAGAUGAAGUAUAAAUAAUAUGUAAUAGUGGAGUGGAUAUCACAGAGUUAUAAACUUUCAGCCUCUGGUAGCAUUUAAACAGAGGAUACCUGACCACUCUGAAGGGUGUUGUGAUAAGGAAUAUGUGAUUUGAGGGGGCUGAAAUUAGAUGCUGUGAUUUUUCAAAAGAUAUUUUUUAAUGGCUUUGUUGAAUGGCAGGAUUUUAUUUUUAAAACUCAUGAAAAUCUUGAAUUUUGAUUUGUUAAACUUUGCUUUAUAACUGAGAAUUUUAAAAAUAUCUAGGGGAAUGGCCAUUAGUUAUCAUUUUAAAAAUUUUAAACUAGGCAUGAAUUUAAGAGCUAGUGAAAAGAAAACAUACUAAAAGGUGUAAUUUAAUUAAAAAUACUUCUGGAAGCUUAUAAAUUUUGAUCAGUAUUCUUCGUCAUUGUCAAGUAAAAUUCUAUUAGAAAUCUGUCUUACUGUCCAUCCAAUAUGAAAAAGUGCUGUGGUUUGAUAUUCUAAGAGUUAAGUGUAAUCUAAUAUAACCACAGAAGAAAAUUCUGCCUGUAAGAUAUUUGCGAGCCAAGUAAAUGUACAUGAAAGGCAAUCAUGGAAAACUCCUUGACUUCUGCCACCAGCGUGGCAACCACAAGGGAGGUCCUACCCAUGGACAUAAGAAAAUAGUGAUCCAAGUUUUCACCUAACUAACUUUUGAAAUUUCAGUAUUUUGAGCCAAAUGCCUUCUGAAAUGGGAGGCUUUGAUAGUGGGAAAUACUGAAAUUAUCUUUUCCCUCAGUCCUUUAGUGAAACACACAUAUAGUUUUCACUCUAUGACAGUUUAAACAACUCAAAUCUAUACUGUUAAGAACAAUUUCAAGAAUUAAAAAGUGCUUUAGCAUUAUGAUGUAUUGGCAUGUUUGAGCUUCAAUUGGGGUUCAAAACAACCCCAACGAGGUGAAUAAUGCAUAUAAUACAUUUUAGAUGAAUACACUGAAUCUCAGAGCAGUGAAUUCAGCCUGUGCAGCUUCAUAUAGCAAAUGAUAGUGCUGCAGCCAGAACUGGGUCUUUAGAAAUUACAUAUUAACAUGUUUUCUAAGUAAGUCAUUUUCCGUCAUUGCCUUCAAGGAUGUUUUACAUCAAUUGUUCAGAUUUCCAUAAUAUAGAAGAUGCCUCCAUGAAAAAAAAAAUGUUUACCUAAGUUUCCACGGAAAGAAUGAGUUAGAAAUAAGGGAGAAUGUGAAAUAAAAAAGUCAGAGUUUUUGCUAUCGGAGAGAGGCUUGUCAGCUUGUACCUAGUUCAAGGAAAGAAAAGUCUGAUGUUUGCAUACCAGGGUGGAUUUCAAGAGAAGAAAUUAACAGUGAGCGUUAAUGGCUUCUUUAACUUAUUUGUGAUUCUCAGCAUUUACAAAAUGUUAGUCCUAUUUUUCUUCCUUGGAAGUUACUAUUAGGAUGAUACAAUUUCAGAAUGCUGCAACAAAAAAUGUUAAAAAUGGCCCCGACGUCCAAGACUCUAUUGCUCUAAGUUUAUGGGUGGGUAUGCAGUUCAGAAUCUCAUAGUUUACAAGGGACAUUUAUGGGCAGAUUGGUGAAUAUGUAGAAGGAGGAUGUUUAAUCUGGAAAGAAGACAAAAUUGGAUUAGGAAUAAGAAUAUGUAGAGGAGAUGGGUCAAGUAGGACUGUUAGUUUCAAGUUCUGCAGGGAAGAUGAUUUGUAGAAUAAAAUAAGGAAAGAAAGGAGCAAUAACACAUGAAAAGGAGUUAGCUUUAUUACUUAUAAGGAUUUAUUUUUCGUAAAAAUUGCAUCCAGAUAAACAGUUUGGGCUUUCUGAAAAACACUGAAGUUGUUAUCACUGUUUCUUCUAGUAGUUAAGUGAAGAUUGAACAACUAACUCAGAGAUCAAAAGCAAAUCUUUAAUUGUGAGAGAUCUUGGACUAGAAAAACUCUGUGAGAUUUUCUUGGUUUAAAUGUCUAUAAUUUUAGACUGGAACAGAACUCAAUUUGAGCCUAUUUUUUCCCCCAGGUUCCUGCCAAAUAGAUAGCAAUGAAGGCAUUUUUUAAAAAAGCUUCCAUCAUUGCAAAUAUAUCCCAAAUCAUUUAGGAGCAGGGAUUUCAUGACUCUAAAAAGUUGCCUUGCUUACACAGACACACCUUGCUUUAGUAGAAACAUAAUCUUUUUUAGGAGAUUUGGGAAUUGGCUAGCAUUUUUGCCAAUUGUUAGCCAAUUUAGGAGAUUUGGGAAUUGGCUAGCAAUUUUGCCAAUUGUUAGCCAGUUCCCAAAUCUCCUAAAAAAGAUAUGUUUCUACCAAAGCAAAAAGGUCACAGAUUCAGGAGUUAAAGUGAAAAUAAAGGAUUUAGUAUUCUUUCCCCUACUUACUACCCAUUUGUUGUUUGGGAUGUAGAGUCAGGACUGGAGAAGAGGGUGGGAAAGUCUAUAUCCUCUACUAAUACAGAGGCAUGGAGGCACUUUCUAUAACUUUUUGUCAUGAGACAAGACUUAACCCCAUAUCAGUAGACUAAUGUUUCUGUCAUAUUUCUGUCUAGGUGGAUUACAGUUUUAAUUGCCCAUCAUCCCUUAAUUCUGUAAUACAGCUUGAGUUCCUAGAUUUCAGGUUGACUGGGUGAGGGAGGAAGUCACUUGAGAUAAUUUUAAGAAACGAGUCCAUAUCCAGAGUCUUGCAGAAAAGACCUGCUUCUACUCCACCUUCUUUCUUGUUCUACUUCUUGCCUCUGGUUUGGGGGCAUAAAAGAGGGGCAGAGUUAUGAGGAAAGGAAAAAAGAUUCUCAAAAGUAGUACAAUAAGAAGACUCUAGUAGUAACACAAAUUCUCAUGGUAAUCUCAAACAACUGAUAGUGUUAGCAGAUAUUGAAAAUCAAACUCAGGAAACAUACAGAAAGAUUAAACUUGUUCAAAGUGGCUUCAAGGGGUAUUAGUUGUGAAAAUUUCAGUUUAUGCAGCAUAGAAGAAUUAGAUUGUGUGUGGAACUUGGGGAAAGUAGGGUCAGCUAAUCGAAGAACUUUUUAAUGGAGCUUUCCAAAGGACAAAGUGGUUUUUGGAAGGAGUUUGUCCAACCUCUUAUAAUACGUUAUACCUGUCCACAAACUUGUUCUGGUCCCUGAUAAAGUUUGAAAAAAAUAAGGAAUAUUUAGGGUUUUUUUCCCACAAAUCUAAAUAUAUUCACUUAAAAAUUCA